AUGGCGGGCCUGCCUCUUGCGAUCCGCUGCGCCGUGCUGGUCGGGCUGAUCGGCGCCGUGGCCGCCGUGCAGAAGGGCAGAGAGGCUGGCCACGAGAAGGGCCACGGGCAAGACAAGGGUGGCGUGCUGGGGCACGGCACGGGCUUCAUGGCCUCCGUCGCAAACCACACCGGCCGCCAGACGCCCGAGGAACUGGGCUUCACAAGUGAUGGCGACGUAGACCCGACUCAACAGAAGGUGUCGAUGAUGAGUGAAGAGCACUGCCUCGACCUCGGAGCCAAAGGCUUUCCGCUGCCGGUGUUCAAGAUGUUGCAGGUCUAG